AGCCUCAUUUUACCCAGCCCCUAUUCAAGAUGGAGUUGCUCUGGUUGACACACCUGUGACAAACAGGCAGGGUUAUGUUCCAAUAAAACUUUAUCCACAACAAAAGGUGUAGGCUGUCGUUUGCCAACCUGUUUCGCAUCAGCCAGGACAUCUUCCUCUUCCCAAAGUUUUGAUCUACCCAUCCUCCCCAGGCCCCCUCUCCCCUGCCCGCCCCACUUCCUGAUUGGUUCUCUGUAUUUUCUCUGUGGGUUCCUUGGUGCACAUAUAAUUAGCUGGAGAAACUGCAUUGGUCAUCAAACCUGCUCCUUCAAGAGGGUCUGAGGUCCUCCCGCCACAGGGACACGGAUGGCGCUGAUAACCCCAGGGUGUGUGGGAGCCAGUGCCAGGUUGCUCCGGGCUGGCCAUCUCUCUGCACAGGGCAGCUCAGCAUCUCCUUGGUGGCAUUCCAGGUCUUCACGGACAUUCACAAUGGCAGCUCGGGCUUUGAGCAUUCUGGACGCAUCCUGAUGGGACCCACAUCUCUCAACUACUCUGUGAGCUGCUGUUACCAUGAUGGGCACCUGGAGCUCUCUGGCCAGAGCCAGCAUAACAGUGAGGCCUUGUGGGCUAGAUUCCCAGGCAAGGCCUCCCUGCUCGCAGAGCUGCAGAUACAUGAGGCCCAGACCCAGGCCGGCGUGGCCCUCUGUAACAGGGACGGUGGGGUCAGCGUGGACCUGGCAGCCCUGGUGGCUUGGCCACUGCAUGGCCGGCUGCAGCUGGUGGCCAAUGCCAGCCACACAGUGCCUGCUCUUCAGAGGAUGGUCCUGCCCUUCUCCAGCCAGCUCUUGUUCCUAGGACUCUGGGCAGCACAAGACAUGAGCUCCUCGCUGCUGCUGACCUGCGAUUCUCAGGCCAGCUUGGUCAUUGAUGUCCAUGGCCAGAACCAGGCACUCCGCCACCGUGUUUUGCUAGGCACCCUCCUAGUCCUGGCCGAGGCUGAAUUUCUUUACAGAGCAUGUGCUACGUGCUGGGGUACUCUGCCGUAUUUACACAGGAUUUUGGAGUUCCCUACACUUCGCUACAACUGCGCAAUCAUUCAGGUGCUGGUCUCCUCCUCCCUAUGGCUGGGGAAGAGUGAGCUGGCUGCCCGCCUGGCCCUUGCUCACCCAUUCAAUGUCCCCUGGCGGCAAGCUGAGCUCCAGGAAACUUUGGGCCUAGACCCACUCCGGGCCUGUGGGGCCAUAACACAGACCCCAGACGUGUUCAUUGAACAGCUUCACCUGUCCUGGGGCCAGCACCAUAUGCAGCAGAACUUGACACAGGAGAGGCAUCGGCCAUCUCAGCCAGACAAGAUCAUCAUGGAGGCCAUGCUGGAGCACGUCUUCAGGGCCUCUUGUGCCCGGCAGAGCUUCUGGGGAGAAGUACAGACGACUACGCACACUGACUGCGGCACUACCUCCAGCUGGGGCUCUGUGACCUGCCCAGGGCCCUCUUGGUCUCCGGCAAGUACAUCCUGGGCCAGCGUGAACCCAGCCCCAGCCCCAGCCCCAGCCCACAGCCUGCACCUCAGCCUGACCCUCCGAAACCACAGCAGGCCUUUCGCCCGACUUCUCAGGCGAGCUGGAGGCAUAGAUUGCUUAGAGCAAUGCCUGGUGGAAAGCUGCCACUACGCGAUCCCAGCAAGGAACCUCUCUGAACAUCUGUUUCCUCAUCUUGGAUCAGCUUUGCGGCUCCAAGGCUCAGCGGGUUGGACUUCUGGGACGUGUCUCCACCUCAGCUUCUCAAAGCCUGGUCCAGUUGGAGGGAAAUGUGGACAACAGGGAGGAGGAGUCCAGGAUUGCAGCAGUUGGCUCCCAGGUGCAAGCUUGGCUAGAAAAGAAGGUUCCAGCACCUGGUGGGUAGCAGAGGGGGGAAGGAUUGGGUGGAGAGCUCCCCCUCUGGCCUGGCUUGUAGCCCCCACUUGCCAGUCAUCCCACCCUGGGCAAGAGGGUCUGGGGCUCUCUCUGCCCUGGACCUCACCCUGAUUCUGCCUUGGCUUCCCUGCAUAGGUACAGCCAGCAGGCACCCUGGAUGGCAUGGCAGGC